GGUUGCUAUGAGACCCGCUCCAGCACAGGACCAGCAGCCAGUCCGACGCUGAUGGUCUUUACUUCGUACUAAACCUUUCCUUUGACACAGUUUUAGAGUUGUUUAGUAUCUGAGCAAGCACCUGACACGGUGACUUUUUGCUUCCUUUUUCUCCUCCAGUCCUUAGGGUAAGAUGGAGGUAGAAAAUGAAGCCAGCUGCUCCCCGGCUAGUGCAUCAAGCGGGUCCAGAGAGUACAAGGUGGUAAUGCUGGGAGCUGGAGGAGUUGGUAAAAGCGCAAUGACAAUGCAGUUUAUUAGCCAUCAAUUCCCGGAUUAUCAUGACCCCACCAUAGAAGAUGCUUAUAAGACACAGGUCAGGAUUGACAAUGAACCUGCCUAUUUGGACAUCUUGGACACUGCUGGACAGGCCGAAUUUACAGCCAUGCGUGAGCAGUACAUGCGAGGUGGGGAGGGUUUCAUCAUCUGCUACUCUGUCACUGACCGCCAGUCCUUCCAGGAAGCUGCCAAAUUCAAAGAGCUCAUCUUUCAGGUCCGCCACACCUAUGAGAUUCCACUGGUGCUGGUGGGUAACAAAAUUGACCUGGACCAGUUCCGUCAGGUAUCUACAGAAGAAGGCUUGAGUCUUGCUCGAGAAUAUAACUGUGCUUUUUUUGAGACCUCUGCAGCCCUCAGAUUCUGUAUCGAUGAUGCCUUUCAUGGCCUAGUGAGGGAGAUUCGCAAGAAGGAGUCCAUGCCCUCCUUGAUGGAAAGGAAACUGAAGAGAAAAGAUAGUCUGUGGAAGAAGCUAAAAGGCUCAUUGAAGAAAAAGAGAGAAAACAUGACAUGAAAUCCUUGCUUUUGAGUCUCUUCAUCUCUCUCAAUUAUAUCACUUGAACAAUUCUGGAUGUAGCAUUCUGCUCUAAUGUUCUCUGUCUUUCCUUAAAUAUCUGCCUAUAGGUAAAAGUAAUAUCUGCAUAACUGUACCUCUUAAGAUAGUUUUGUUUUGCCUUUAACAGUUGGAUGGAUUUUGUCAAUCAGCCGGAUAUGCUGUUUCAUUUUUAUAAUAUAUUGCUAAAUAAAAUUGACAUUCCAAUUGCCUCA